GGUCGGUAAUGGUUGAAGUCUAUGUUGCUCUGCUACAUAGUACAUUGAUAAACAGUACUUUGUUUGUGUGUAACAGUGUAUUAUUACUAGUAACUUAGUAACUAGCCAUAUCACCAGGAACGCAUUUCGGGGAUAAAGUCGAGGCUUGAAGAUGCCUGCUAGAGAAGAAGAACAAGAGGAAGCCAAGGUAUACAGCUUGCCCUCAGCAGAUGACAAGUUCUUGUCACGUACCACUGAUGUCUUUGGCUGCCUUCAAGAACUGGAAGACAAACACAAGCAGGUAGAAUCGUCACGGGAAAAAGAUGACUCGCUGUUGAAGCCAGAGCCAGAGUUCCCUCAACUAGGAAGCUCCGGGCCGAGUGGAUUUCUAAGUCCACAUGGCAGGGCACCUAGAUCACGAAAUGCCCCGGGUUUUAAAAAGGAGCCCAAGAAAUGGACUUGCUACUCUUUAGCCGAUGUCUCUAACAAUGAUAUGUCAGAAGCUACAAAUACGUCAGCUGCACUUGGCUUUCUGGAAGAGCAACGAAAAUUAAAGAAUCCUGAUACUCACACGAAAAGUGAACUAGUUGGAGGACAUUCAUUUAGUAAGAGAAAACUGACCGAAUGUAGUGCAGAUUAUGGGGACAAUGAACCGUCAUCUAAUAUCACAUCUGAAGGCUCUGGGAAGAUUAUCAUGCCACAGUGCGUGGUUGGUCGAACCAAGCACCACAAACCCAAACCUGUACCAUCAGAAAGUAGAGCUGCAUGUGAUGCAGUAGGAAUAAACUACUUGCAGGAAAGUUUUGAACAACAAGACAAACAAGAGGUAAACUUAGAUGCAGAGUCCAAAGCUGGUCUGACCACAAAAACCUCUUCAGAUGGUACACUUGAGGAGGUGGCACACAUUGAAAUGUCUUCCCUUGAAACAUCAGUAAACAUAAGUGAUGUUUCUACGAUAGAAUGUAAAUUAACUGAAGAGCCCACAUCUGGUAUUGUGUUUAAGCCAACAAAGAAGAAGCAACGGAGUACACGAGCACAUGUUGAUGGUGAAUAGUUAUUGAUGUGCAUUCAAUCAAGAGCCAAUGAUGGGUAUCAUUAGCUCUUGAUUUAAUGGAAAUAGAGUAUCAUAGUAUAAAUGCAUAUAACCAUAAAAUAAUGAUGAGCUAGUAUUGUAGAGGUAGACAUGAGGUAGAGGUAUGUUGAACUAGUUCUCAUUGUGUAGUUUUGUCACUUAUAAAUACGUAGAGACAAUAUCUUACGCAUGCUCUUAAAAGUGACAUAAAAAAGAAUGGCUCGACACCCAUUCUAUGAUAUAAUUAUGACUGCAAAAUAUGAAACCAGUGAUGUAUAUAUACUGUAUUGACGUUACUAUAUACCACUUUACAGUUAAAAUUUAGUUCCGAUGGAAGUCAACAAAAUUACAAAGUAAUAAAGCAAUUGCUAUGUA